AGAAGUUACCCCGACUUGAAAGCUUUUUAAGGCCGCCGCCGUCGCUUCCUCCAUGGCUCACCGCUACCUUCGCCUGUCGGCGGCUUGUAGCCGCAUGUUGCGGCUGCUUGUGUCCCCUUCGCCCGCCGCCAGCAGGCUGGUGACAAGAACAGUGGCGAGUGGGCCGAAUUUGCUGAGUGAGGUGCUGGUGGCCUGCAGGACUCUGACAUCUAGACCGCCCAAAGGAUUUCAGAAGUAUUUCCCUGAGAGUCAGAAGAAUUCCAAAGAGGCUCAAUCACAAGACAGAGAUGACAAAGCCGCCGACAUGCCGAAAGAGGCGGGGCCCUCCGGUGGCGGCGGAGGAGGAGGAGGAGGAGGAGGAGGAAAGCGAGGAGGACGGAAAGAUUCGCACUGGUACAGCCGUCUGCAGAAGGGAGAUAUUCCGUGGGAUGAGAAGGAGUUCCGGAUGUACUUGCUGAGCGGCGUGGCCUUUUGGACCACCGUCACAUACUACUUCCUGUUCAGGGAUGGCGGUCGAGAGGUCACCUGGAAGGACUUUGUCAAUAACUUCCUGUCCAAAGGAGCGGUGGACAGGCUGGAGGUGGUGAACAAGCGCUACGUCAAGGUGGUCUUCUCUCCCGGCAAGACGCCCGUGGACGGGCCGUACGUGUGGUUCAACAUCGGCAGCGUGGACACAUUCGAGAGGAACCUGGAGACCGCCCAGUACGAGCUGGGCAUCGAGGGCGAGAGCCGCGUGCCCGUGGUCUACUCCACCGAGAGCGACGGGACCUUCCUCCUGAGCAUGCUGCCCACCGCCCUCAUCAUCGGCUUCCUGCUCUUCAUGCUGCGGCGAGGCCCGGCGGGGGCGGGCCGGCCCGGCCGCGGGGGAAUGGGCGGCCUGUUCAGCGUCAGCGAGACCACCGCCAAGAUCCUCAAGGACGAAAUUGACGUCAAGUUCAAAGAUGUCGCCGGCUGCGAGGAAGCCAAGCUGGAGAUCAUGGAGUUCGUCAACUUCCUGAAGAAUCCCAAACAGUACCAGGACCUCGGCGCCAAGAUCCCCAAGGGCGCCAUCCUGACGGGGCCUCCGGGAACGGGAAAGACACUCCUGGCCAAGGCCACGGCGGGCGAGGCCAACGUGCCCUUUAUUACCGUCAACGGCUCAGAGUUCUUGGAGAUGUUCGUGGGGGUGGGCCCGGCCCGGGUCCGAGAUCUGUUCGUGAUGGCGAGGAAGAACGCGCCCUGCAUCCUCUUCAUUGACGAGAUUGAUGCGGUGGGACGCAAGCGGGGACGUGGAAACUUUGGGGGGCAGAGCGAGCAGGAGAACACCCUGAACCAGCUGCUGGUCGAGAUGGACGGGUUCAACACGGCGACCAAUGUGGUGGUCCUGGCGGGAACCAACCGAGCGGACAUCUUGGACCCGGCGCUGCUGAGGCCCGGACGCUUCGACAGGCAAAUUUACAUCGGUCCACCCGACAUCAAAGGACGUGUGUCCAUCUUUAAGGUCCACCUUCGUCCUCUCAAGUUGGACCCUUUCACAGAUAAAGACGCCUUGGCCCGCAAGAUGGCGGCGCUGACACCUGGUUUCUCAGGCGCCGACAUCGCCAACGUUUGCAACGAGGCGGCGCUCAUCGCUGCCCGACAUCUCUGUGACGCCAUUGAGCAGAAGCACUUCGAGCAAGCCAUCGAGAGGGUCAUCGGAGGGCUGGAGAAAAAGACGCAGGUACUCCAGCCAGACGAGAAGAAGACGGUUGCCUAUCACGAGGCGGGACACGCAGUCGCCGGAUGGUUUCUGGAGCACGCCGACCCGCUGCUCAAGGUAUCCAUCAUCCCCCGAGGCCGCGGCCUCGGCUACGCCCAGUACCUCCCGAAGGAGCAGUUCCUGUACACAGCGGAGCAGCUGCUCGACCGCAUGUGCAUGACGCUCGGAGGUCGCGUGUCCGAGGAGAUCUUUUUCGGCAGGGUCACCACCGGCGCGCAAGACGACCUCCGCAAAGUCACUCAGAGUGCCUACGCGCAGAUAGUGCAGUUUGGGAUGAACCCCAAGGUGGGCCAGGUGUCCUUCGACCUCCCCCGGCAGGGCGAGAUGCUCCUGGAGAAGCCGUACAGCGAAGCCACGGCGCGCCUCAUCGACGGCGAGGUGCGCAGCCUCAUCGCCGACGCCUACUGCAGAACUCAACACCUGCUGAACGACAAGAAGGCCGAGGUGGAGAAGGUGGCGCUGCAGCUGCUGGAGAAAGAGGUUCUGGACAAGAACGACAUGGUGGAGCUGCUGGGUAAACGUCCCUUUUCGGAAAAGUCAACAUACGAGGAGCUGGUGGAGGGCACGGGCGGCGAGGGUGAGGACACCUCGCUGCCCGCCGGCCUCAAGGACUGGAACCGGGAAAGAAAAGACAAGGAGGAGAGCCAGGACGAACAAGUGGCCCGGCAGAUCUCUGGAGGCGUGCCCUUCUAGACGGACCGGUUCUCGUGUCAUCUCCUCCCGGCUCCUCUCUGAGCUCGCAAACAGUUUUGAGAAUCGUGUGGCAGUCAAAGAAGCUCCUGGAGAAACAUAAGGACUUUUAUUUAUUUCACGAGUCAAUGAGCGCCAUGCUAAUGCUAAUGCUAAUGUCACCAGAUCACGUCUUGCGCUCAUAUUUACGGAUUACGGCUGAAACCGUUUUCCACGAGCGACAUGCAUGACGUUUCGUAACAUUGAUUAUAUUCAAUCAUUAAAGGUGCAUAGGGAAACGAA